UGAGUUUGAAUGAAGAAACGCCAACAUUAUUGGCAGAAUGACUAGUCAGUUAAAGGCGCUGUCAUUUUUCAUUACCAAUCUGCAUUUAAUGUUUAUUUAUGUUUCAGAAAAGUUUUAUGAUGCGAGGCAUUUAUCUUUGAUGUUUUCUGCGUAUAAGUUUGAUGUAUUUACCUAUGAAGCGUAAUGGAUUGAGAGGAGCAAUUGAUAACAGAACAGGUCUAUACUAGAAGUUUUAGUUAGUAAAUUUUUGUUCGCUUACGAAAAAUAUUUGUGUGAUCAUGCAUGCAGGUGUAAUAAGAAAACUUUUGACUCGUUAUAUUUUAAUUGAAACUGAGUUCUGAAAUUGAAACUGAGCAAUAUAAUCAGUAAAAUAAUUCGCUAGUUAUAACUCGGAAAUUUAAUUAUAACUGAGUCAGUGAGACAGAUUGUUUUUGCAAUUCAGGAGUUAUUACCGAAAGAUUAUGAGUAAUAUUAAAGCUUUGAAGCAAGGAGACUUUGAAGACUGCUUAAGAUCUAAAGCGCCUUUGUUGAAAUUUAAAAAUAUAUUUUAUUCAAUAAAGUCUCCUGGAAGACUAGCAUAUUCAAAAUAUUUAAGGGAGACUGACCUUUUUAAAUGUGCUAAUCCUCCAAUAUUAAAAUUUCACGCUUCUUUUGAUAAUCGUGGUCAAUUACCGAAGGAUCGAAUGAAGUUUAGAAGCUGUCAUAUUCUUUUUUAUGUGGAAGACGGUACUAUUAAGGUGUAUGAGCCAACAAAGAGAAACGCUGGUUAUGAACAGGGGCGCAUCAUCAAUCGAAUUAGAAUACCGAAACCAGAGGGAGAUUUUUACACUCUAGAUGAUUUUAUAAUUGGCGUGACAGUUAUUUUCUUCGGAAAAAUAUUUAAAUUAUUAGAUUGCGAUGGUUUUACAAGGAAUUUUCUCCAUGAAAUGGGCUUUAGAGUUAAUAAUCCAGAUGUUGGCCUUAAAGAUCCUGUUGUUGAUGACAGAGAACAGGAAGACAGCCCACGUACACAGAUAUAUAGGACUGUAGUUAAAGACUACAAGCGUGCAAAAUUUCAAGCAGAUUACCCAAAACACUUGCGAUUUUUUGGGAUUUAUCAACGCAACCCAACUCAUAUUGAAGAUCAAAAGUAUGUGUCCAUGUACUAUAGUUUGUCUGACGGCACAGUGAAAAUCGUAGAAGAUGCAAGAAUCAUAGAUAGUCAAAAAAAUCGGUUGCAAGGUAAUUUUGAUACAUGUUUGGUACUAAAAUCCGUUCUCGUUCCUAAAAGUGACACUUGGUUAACCUCGAUAGGGACUAGUUCUCCCGAAACCAUAUUGAAUUUAGGAUCCAAUAGGCCAAAAAGUUGGAUGUAUGAUUGCAGGUUGAAUAAUUCUAAAGAAUUUUUUCAAAAUUUCUUACUAGAUUGCAAUUCAGAGGUUCACAAGAAAAUGAAUAAAUUUUAUGUGCCAAGUGAUUUUGAACUAGGGAGCUCUAUAAAUGUUUUUGGUGCUAAACUCUUGUUAUAUGAUUGUGAUGAUUUCACUAAACAAUACUAUUCCAAUGUCUAUAACGUAGAACUAAAACCAUUAACAUUGCCAGAAAUAAAACUUAGUGAUUACCAUAAAUUAGUGCAUCCUCAACAAAUGGGGAGUUUUAAAGACAGUUUGAAAUCCUGCUAUAAUACUGAAAUAUACAGACCUUUGCCCAGUUCGAAAGAUUUUAUUGAAGUUAAUAAAAUAUCCACCAAAAUUCCGACAAAAGGUAUUCAUCGUGAUGAUCUUAUGAAGUUUUAUUUGAAUAAUCCAGAUAUCGAUGACUGUAAAAUUCUCCGAUUUUUAUCAGUUUUUACGCAUAACCCAAUGAAAAAAGAACAGCGCUUUAUCAUUGAGUUUCACAUGGAAGAUGAUACAGUUAAUAUAUCCGAACAAGACUAUGAGACUUCAGAGCAACGCAUGGGUAGUGCAAAAUAUUUGAAAAGAGUGAAAUUGAGCAAACCAGUUCCAGAUCCCAUUAAUUAUGACCAUUGCUUCUACUCUAAAGCGGAUAUGUAUGUCGGAAACACUAUCUGCGCUCGUACAGAGUCCUUUUAUCUACUUGAAGCUGAUGAAUAUACUUAUACAUUUAUGGAAAAACAUAGUAAUUUCUUUAUAUACUCGGACAUCAAAAUUAUAUUGGAAUUGAUGAGAAAGCAUGUUGGAGUUUCUGCCCAAUCUUUACUUGAAUCCUUCGAAGCAAAAGAUGCUUGCAAAGCUGGUGUGAUUCCAUUUGAUUUAUUCAGACUUGUUAUACGUGAUCUUUUUAAAAAUGCUUCUACCGUAUUAAAUGAACAACAAAUAAUAACAUUAGCUAGAGCCUAUGCUGAAGAAGAAUACACGGGCUUGAUUUUUGAAGAUAUUGUUGCGAGGGUUCAAGCUCAGUUGAAAAAGCAUGGUUUUCAGGAUUUUGAUAGAUUAAAAAAUCAGUUUCAGAUUUUUGAUAUCAACUAUGGAAAUAGAACUGGUCUUUUCCAGGCUAGUCAAGUGUAUAGAAUUCUUGUAUCGAGUCCGAUACCUGCUGAUCGAGAUCUGAUUAAGGCUUACUUAUUUAAAUUUCCAAAAAGUGAAGGACUUAUAGAUUAUCGUAAAAUUAUGGAAACUUUAGAUUUUGUUAAUAAUCCUGCUAAGGCACCAAACAGUAAACCUUAUGUUAUAAGCGUUAAUUGGUCGAAAGGUGAGAAAAAGAAAAACAUGCAAAAAAUAAUUUAUCGGUUAUUAAUCGACGCUCUUAAAAUUGAAGAUUGCUUUUGUUCUUAAUUUUAAGUAUAAGUUAUAAGCGUUAAUUGGUAGAGAGUCGAGAAAAAAAAACAUGCAAAAAAUAUUUUAUCGGAUAUUAAUCGGCUCUCUCAAAAUUGAAACUUGCCUUUGUUCUUAAUAUUAAGUGAAUUCUAAAUUUUUCAUUUCAUAAUUCUGAGUUAUAGGUUUAUUACUUUAUUAGACAGGGGAUAUUUUUAAUUGAUUAAAAGGAAGGCAUCUAUCUAAAAUCAUUUGAUUUCGUAGAACUUAUUAUGUUUAGUGUACUACACUGGAUAUAAGUUUAUUUAAUACAGUUUCUAUUUUACUAUUUAUGUAACCAAUUCUUCAAAUUUCAAACUUAUUAUAGCGCAUAUAUAAUUUCAUUUAAUUCACAAAUAUUUAAUACUUAGUUACAUUUAUUUCUUCUCCAUAAAAAUUCGACUCAAAACUGAGUUAAAAA